AUGAAUGGGCAUGUCUUGAUGCAGUGUGCUAAUGAGCAGUGUGGAUUUAGAGCCAACAUCACAGACAUUUAUCACACAUCUUUCUUUACCUCUGGUUACGAAGAACUGCCAACACUUGUUGGUGCACCCUCAGCAAAUCCAUGUCCAUUCAUCCGACUAGUUCAUCGUCGUGCUGUCAGUCAUCGAUGGUGGCUCAUUGUGGACAAUGUGUAUCCACACAUUCUCCCGCUCGGACAAGACAGUGGCAUGGAUGUGAUGAGCAGGCUCUCGGCCUAUGAAACAGGUCUUCUUGCUGACCUCUCCGGUGAAACAGGUGUGAUGGGGGUCAUUGAAUGGCUGUGCACGCAGUUUGAAUGGGGACUGGUCACUCGUCUAGCAGCUGUCAUCAAGUUCAAUAGCAUGGCUCGUCGUAUGGGCAAACAGAGUUGUUCAUUUCAUGGACAACUAGCUACAGAACUCAAAGCUCUUGCUAUUUGCCAACUCACAUGUACUGAAGAUGAGGAUGACAGAUUUAUUGGCCUUGUCAUUGCUGUGCUUGCUUUAGCAGAGAAAAAACAUGCAUACAAAAUGCUCUGGUACUUCAAGCCACUUGGCACAUUACAAGCCCAGCAAUGCCUGCAUCAAAUAAACUGGAAGAAUUAA